AUGCAAAAUUCAGGAUAACCAAGUUCAGAAAUUGAAAUACCUCUUCCUAGUUUUACAAACAACUCAUAAUUGCUGUCAGAAAGUGAAAAUGAUGAUGUAUAAAGAGAUUCAUAACCAGUAAUUCAAAAAGCAGAUUCUCAUGAAUCUGUAAUCUCUGAACAUGAAGAAUAACCUAAGAAAUAUAGAUAAAUUAUUUAAGCUUUAGAUAUAAUUGGUCUCCUUGGAUUAUUAAUUUAUUGCAUUUUAAUACAGUCUUAUUACUCAACUUUUUAUUUGAUAUGUUUGCUUUUAAUUUUAAAUUACUCAUAUAUUAAUAGAUACAAAGGAAUUUAAGUUAAAGAUGGCAAACUUUAUACUUUGACAGAAUUCGCUGCCUAAUAAUAAGAGUUCCAUAACACUAAUUAAAAUUAAGAAUAAUCUGAAAAAUACUUUACUACUUAAUAUUGGUUAGUUCUUCAUGAUUUUAAAAAACUUGUUUGGUACAGUUUUCUUAUAGUGUCUACAAUAUCUUUGAUUGUAAAGCUUUCGUUAUACCCUAUAGUAAAAAAUGGAGUAAUUUAAUUUAAUAUAGUAAGGGUUUUACUAUGAUGUCAAUUGAAAACUUUAGAGGACUAGAAAUUUACUUCACAGUUAUUAAUGGUUAAAUAUUUGUCACUUCUGCUAAUCAAAGUUUAGCUUUUGCUCCCAAUUGUGUGAUGUUAUUUUUGGCCAUAAUUAUUUUAAUUUUCAGGGAUAUCUAAAUUAAAUAAGAAUUCUAUGAAUUAACCGAUAGUCCUAUUCUAACUAAAUUUUUUAUAGUAAAAAUUUUAAUAUUAUUCAGCUAUUAAUGUUACUUAACUUAAUAAUCUUGACUUGUUGUACAAAAUCUUUUAUCGGCCUAAUUAUGUGGACUUUUUAAUUAAUUUUGCUAUUAAGAAUGUAUAACAAUCAAUUAGUAGAAAAUCUUUAUUUUAUAAUAUUAAAGAUUGUAAUUAUGGUGAUAUUAGUGGUUAUGUAUUUUAUCAGUACACCAAUAAAGAAUGUUAUCCUUUAAAAUAAUCAGCUAGCUUCCUUCACUCUAUAAUUUACAGGGUUUUAAUUAUUUGGUUACUUUAGUGAUUAUGAAGCAUAAGCCAUCUUAUUUAUUAUCUUCUCAAUUAUUGUUCUUAAUAUGCUUUGUUUAGUUAAUGAAAAGAUUAAGACUCAAAAUAUAAAAAAUCAAUUUAAUUACACAAUAACUGAAAUUUCUUAAUAAUAUCAAGACUUUAAGUAAUAUUAAGAACUAGUUAAAAGUGAAUUACGUAAUAUCUCUGUAGAUAUUAAUGAUUCACCUAAAGGAAGAAAGAAAAGUUAAGAAGAAGAUGAAUUAUCGGAUUCUAAUGAAAUGAAUGAUGAACAAAUAGAAGAAGAAAAAGAAAUUUCAAAUGAAGAUUUCGAAGAAUAAGAGUAUGAUGAAUAAAAAGAAAAUGUUUAAAAAGAAAAUGCUCCAAACGUUCUUUUAGAUCAAUUAGCAAAUUCUACUAUUUAUUUUCAUAAAUUAGAAAAAGCUUGGUAUACUUCAUUAGAAAAAAUUAAAUAUGUAAUUGAUAAACCAAUCAUUUCAUUGAUCAUUUUAUAGAUAUUGUCAUUAAGUAUUGUCAUACUCUAAUAAACAUAUUUUUCUAUUUUAUUAGUAUGUUGGCUUAUUUUAACAGGAUUCACUUUGGAUUUUAAAAUAAUACGUUUAGCUACUAUAUUUUUUAAUAUUCCAUCCUUAUUGAUUAAUUUCUUUACUUUUUAUUAUAGUAAUAUAACAGGAUUAGAUAGACCAGAUAACUUUUAUUCAUUUUGUCCUUCUAGUUAAUACAAAAAUAUUGAUGAUUUACCAACAACUGUUUGUUAAAAACUUGGAUUCUUUUAUUAAAAUAAUUCAGCUGUAAAUUCAAUUUUAAUGAAUUGCACCUUGUGUUUAUUUUUUUUAUUCAUUAAAUAAAUUGAAGAGUAAUAAGAAAAAGAAAAUUAAAUACAAGCUUAAACUAAUGAUAUUGAAGUGGAUCCUAAAUGGUUUAAUAUAGCUUUAGCUUUUUUCUUUAAAAUUGACUUUUAUAUUGUUAUAGUUUUAUUAUAUUGGGUUGGAUUUAAUGAAAUUAAUAUAAUAUCAUUUAUUAUGAUAUUACUUUUAAUAAUAUUUAUUGUUAAUCAAUCAAAUAAAAGUAAACAUAAAGGAAAAAGUGUUCCUUUUUAAUAAAAAUAUUGGUUACUUCUUUUAAUUUAUAUAAGUUUUCUAACAUUAAUAAAAUAUUUGUAUAUUUUAUUUGGAGCUUCAUCAAGUUAUUUUGUUGUUUAGGUUUUAGGAUUUAAUAUGUUAAAUAAACAAAUGGUUUUAAAUUGGAUAUUGUUUUAUAUGAUAAUAAUUCAAUAUUAUGGGUUUAAUACUGUUUUAUAUGAUAAAUAUUCAAACGUAAAUAAAAAUCAUAUUUUAGAGAUUAAUAGGAACUAUCUCAUCAGUUGAGAGUAUUAAAAACAAUGCACCUAAUUUUAGAUAUCAUUUUGGAAUAUUAGAAACAAUAUAUAGCCAUUCAUUAAUAUGGACAGCUUAUGUUAUCAAUAUUUGUUUUUUAUUAUUCACUCCAUAUAGUUACCUAAAUAAUUUAUUAUUAUUUUAUAUAGGAAUUGUAUUUUUAUACCAUGUUAAAUCAAUAAAUUCUUAAAUUAAUUAUAUUAAUUUAAGAUUAUUAUGGUAUAUUUAUUUAUAAAUGUUACUGAUAGCUUUUGCAUAUAGAUAUCUUUUUUCAUUUUUGUAAUCAUUUAUAAAUUUUAUUAGUUAAGCUGUGUUCCAAACUUAAGUACAAAAUCAGAAGGAUUUUAAACUUUUUAUGAAAAUCUGUAACAUUAUUAUCAGGAAGCUGGUUUAUAUUCAUAUUCGACUGAUAAUUUAAGGAUAGAAUAUUUAGCUGAUACAUUAAAUAUUUUAUUUGGAGCAUUUGCUUUAAAUUAAUUAACAAAAUUUAAGAAAUUAUAAAUUAAAUAAAGUAAUUAAAAUUUAAGCGAAUCUUAUUCAUAAAAUGUUUUAGAUUUAAAGAUAUUAGAAUAAUAAAAGUGGCUUAAAUCAAUUUUAAUUGGAAUUGCUCAUAUUAAUACAGAUUUAAUCACAAUAUAUAUUGUAAUAUCUUGUGUUCUUUACUUAAGAUCAAUAGCUGCAUUCAUAUUAUUAACAUUAUAUUUAAGUUAUUUUUUUCGUGUGCAUAAUUCAAUUUUAGAUAUCCUAGAUGAAUAAUAAAGUUUAAUGAAACUAUAAAAAUGUAAAAAAUUUAGAUAUUUAUUUAGAAAUUAAUUUAUUAAAAUAAUUGUAUCUUGAAUUUGCUUCAGAUAUAUCUCAUAUUGAUGAACCUCAAAAAAUAAAAAGAUUAAAUGAUGAAAUUAAAUUGUUACGAUUAAAUAAAAGAAUUAAACUUAAAAGAGCAAUUUGGUUAUAUUCCUUUUAUUUUACUGCUUUUUGUAUUUUCUUAUCAUAUUUAUCAUAAUUUCUAUCAACUGAAUCUUUUACAACAAUUGUAAAUCCACCAUAAUGGGUUGAUUAUACUGUACUUAGUUUUUUUAUUUUUGGAACAUACUCUAGAUAAUAUAUAAUUACAAAUUAAUGCUAUUGUGGCUAUGAAUCAAAUAAUAAUAAUUGUAAUGAGACUGAUUAUGUUUAAACUUAGUCAAAUAUGUGGUAGGUAACAUGGUUUUAUUUGUUUUUGCUAUUUGUUAAUGUCAUUGAUACAGCUUGUACAAAGAUUUUAGAAGAUGAUUUAAAAAAAAAUAUUGAUAAUUUAUAAGAAACUUAAGAAAUGAAUAAAAUAGAAGAAUCAAGAAUUUAAAAUUAAUCUUAUGAAGAGAGUAAAGAAAUAUUUGAUAUAAAAUAUGAUUUUGUUGCUUUUGUAAAAAGUCAUAGUAAUUACGAAUCAUUUGAAAGAGAAGUAUUAAUUUUAAAUUACUUUAUAAAUAAAAGUAGAUUUGUAAAGAUAUUACUUUAUGAUUCAUUAUUUAAAAUAUUUUAAAGAUUUCUAAUUUUGCUUUAUUUGUCAAAUACUUUAUUAGUUAAUACAAUUUUUUCACUAUUUUACUUAAUAAUAUCUGUAAUUUUAUUUUAAAUGAAUGCAACAGCUAAAAGUACAAAGAAAUUAAAUUCUAUAGCAAUAUUUUCAAUAUUAUUUUAAUAUUUUUUAUAUCUUCUAAAUUGGACUCCAUCAGAUAAUGAUAUUCCUUAAUUAAACUAUUUUAAUUUAACACCUUAAGAUUUUAAUUUGAUGGCUAAAACGAAUAUAUCUGAUUAUUGGUUAGCUUUUUUAGGAUUUCAAGGUACAGAAAUAAUGGAUUGUGAAUCAUUAUAAUAGAGUUUAUUUUAUGAUAUGAAAUGUGAGACUAAUUAAUUACUUAACAUUGUUAUUGUAUUUAAUUGUCUUAUAGUAUCAUUUAUUUAUUUGUAUUUUUUAAUGCUUGAAUGGUUUUGUGAUCAAAUUUAUCAAUAAUCUAUAAAAAUGAAAAAUGAAUUUAUUGUUUGUAAAAAAGUACUUAGUAAUCACAGUGAUAGUUAAAUGAUUAUUAAUUAUAAUCUUUGGAGAUAAAAGAAUUAUAGUUUUAGACAUAUUUUAAUUUAAACAAUUACAAUGAAUUAUCAUUUGAUUCUAUUUGGAUUUGUAUUGUUUUUAAGUGAAAUGAAUAGAUCAAUGUUUAAUCUAGUUUAAUUACUUAUUGUUAUAGGAUUUAUAUAUGUAGCAGAAUUUCAUUUUAAAUGGCCUUAUGUAUUUAGUGAAAGAAGGAUUAUUACGGCAUUUUAUUAAGGAAUAUUUACUUUAUCAGCAAUAAUAAUAGGCUUAUUCACAUUAUUAAAGGUUCCAACUUUUUUGGAUUAAUGUGUUAAUACUAAAGCAUUUAGAGAAGAUGUAGGGAAUGGUUUAGAAUUUUAUUGUAUGGAAGCAUUUAAGUUGAGAAUUGAUGGACAGAUAUUUUUAAUGUUUUUUAUUACGUUAUUUUUUGAUUUAUAGGCAUCUCAUCAUCUUCAAACUAGAUAAGAUAAUUAUUAAACAAAUAUGAAAUUAAGAUCUAAAAUGAUUUCAAGAGGUCUUGCUUAUUCUUAUAAUUAUUUAUAAUAUAAAAAGAUAUUAGAAUUAUAAGAAGAAAAAAAUGUUUUAAAUUAGAUAUCAGAUACUAUUGAAUAAAAAAUGAUAAUUUGGAAAAGUAGAGUAAGGGAAAUAUCAAUGAAGAAAAAAGAAAGAGAAGUUUCAGUUAAAAUUCAAUAAUAACAAUUUCCAUAAUUAACUGCAAGUUUUAUGACUGAACCAGAAGUUUAAAUACCAAAAGAUUAAUCUUUUUUUAGAAAAACUUAUAUUAAAAUGAUUCUGUGGAUGAGAAAUGACAAAUAAUUAAUAAAAUUUAUGCCUUUCCAUGUUUUAAUGGAUUAUAUAUUAUAAUAAAAUAAACGACUAUAGAGACAUGUAUUUAUUAAAUUAGAGAAUCAUCUAAUGAAUGAUACUGCAGUUUAUGAGGAAGAAAUCAAAACUCUCGAAAAAAUAUAUAGAAGAUUUUAUCAAGAAAUAAGUAAAAAUAAAGAUAAAUUAAAUAAUGUUGUUUUAGAUAGUUUUAUUUAAAAAGCUAUGGAAAAAUACAAAAAAUUUUAUAAACCAUAGAAUGAAUAGAAAUAUAUUAAAUAUUAUGAAUAAUACUAAAUGAAUUAUAAUUUAAGCAAGGAAUUAAGGUUUGUUCAUAUUAUAGAUGAAAAAGAAAGAAUAGUUUUAGAAUAAACAAAAUAAAAAUAUCCAAUUAAUAAAUUAAUUUAAAUGAAAACAAUAAAUUUAUUUAGUUUGUUUCUUUAAGAUAUUUUUAAAUAUUGUUUAAUAAAAUGGGAUUCAAUAACAAACAUUAUUAUAAUAUGUUAUUAUUUCAAGAAUUAUGCCCUUUUAGGAAUGGUAUUACCAAUAAUAAUGUUUGUAUGGGGUUUAAUUGAUGUUAAUUCAAAAAUAUUUUGGAUAAUUUCUUAUUCAUUAUAUUUUUUUAUUAUUUUAAUUAUAUUUGUAGAUUCAAUGUAUGGAGUUGCAUAUAGUAAUUUAAAUAAACCUCAAUAAUUUAUUCCAUGGUAUUACUUAUUAGACAAUAGUAAUACUUUUGGUUUAUUUUAUGAAAUAUUUACAAUUUGGAUAAUAACAUUUUAAGUUUUUUUAUAAAAAUCAUUUGGAAUUUUUGAUUAUCCUUUCACAUAGAUAGAAAAUAUAUUUUAAGGUUAUAUUAGAUUGAAAUUGAAUAAUUUUAAUAAAGAUAUGGUAGAUGAGAUAAUUUAAGAAUCAGAAAUUUAAAGAUCAAGAUCUAAGUCAGAAAUAGCUAGAAUUUAGAAUGCAGAAAUAGAAAGAAUAGAGUUGGUAAAUUAAUUGUAAGGAAAAUUAUAAUUGGAAAAAUCAGGAAUGGAAGAAGAAGAGAGUGUUUUGAAAUAAAUAGGAAAUGAUUUAGAAAGAAAAAUAGCAGCAAAUCCUGAAAUAAUUAGUGAUAAAUAUUAGCCUGGAUUUUUUGAGAAAAUAAUGUCUUAUGAAUAUGCAAGACCAGGAUUAGAUCUUUAUUUAGCAAUAGCUUCUAUUUAAGUAAUAUUAUUUUUAUAUUUGCUUUUUUUUUUUAAUUUUAUGACUGGAUAAUCAUAAAAUAUUGAAGGAUAUUUAAAGUAUAAUUAAGUACCAGCUCAAUUAGUUUUAGCAUUAGUAUUUUAAAUGAUAUUUAUGAUGAUUGAAAGAUAUAUUGAAUUAAGAGGAGAUUAAAAAUAUAUUAAUCAAGAAAGGACUGUUUAUAAAAAUAAAUACAAAACAUAGUUUGUUUAAAAAUAUAUUUUAUAAAUUGUAAUACUAAUUUUGGUGUUUCUUUUUGUUUAUUGUUAUUUACUUAGACUUUGGAAUAGAACUUAAGAUGAUUACAAAGAUUAUAAUUCAUCUAUUGUAAUAUUUUUUAUUUUCUUUUGUGCUUAUUUUUAUUUAUCUGCUCUUUAAUUAAGAUAUGGAUAUAGAGAAUUGAAAGUAAGAAAUUAAUUUUUAUAUGUUUAUAAUUAAUUGAGCUAUUAUUUUGCUUUAACAUUCUAUUCAAUUCCAUUUUUAUAUGAUUUAAAGGUAUUAAUGGAUUGGACUUGUUUAUAUACAUCACUUGAUGUUUUUUAAUGGUUUACUUUAGAAGAUAUUUAAAGAUAAUUAUAUUUUACUAAAAUAUCUUCUGAAAAGAUAAUGAAAAGACCAUUAGGAUUAAAAAUUACAAAAUUAAACAAAUUAAUCUAUUUUUUCUUUGUGAUUUUUAUCUUAAUUUGUAUAUUUGUUCCUUUGAUAUUAUUUUCUGCUCUAAAUCCAGCUUCAGAAGAUAAUCAAAUAGUAAGUGGAUCAUUUAUAAUAAAUCUUGUAAAUGUAGAUACUAAUUUAAAUGUUUAACUUUAUGAAUCAAGUCAGUUGAUGGGUUUAGAUUUACCGAUUAUAAGAGAUGCUAAAACUAUAAAAGAGUUAACUGACUAAAAUAAAUUAUCUUAAUAAUAAAUAGAUAAUUCAGGAGGAAUUUAAAGAUUUUAAUUAUCUGACUUUUCAAAUUUCAAAUGGUAAAUUUCUCUACCUUUAUAUACUUAAUUAAUUAGAGAGUUGAAUCAAACUUUAUUUAAUGAGGAAGAUUAUACUUUUAUGUUUAAUGUAACUUUUACAUUUCGACGACGUUUUUAAUUUAUUCUUCCUUCAAUAUAUAAGUUUUCAUAUCCUUACAAUCCUUUAGUAAAUGGUGAAAAUGGAACUACAGGAUUAAAUAGAAGUUAACUCUAAUACAUUAAAGAUGCUUCUAUGAAUUGUAAUAAUAAAGGAAUUCUUUUACCAAAUUUCUAUAUAGAGGCUCUAAGAAUUUAUUAAAGUUCUGCUACAAAUUAUAAUACAACUCCUAUUUAUGGGAAUAAUCUCAAUACUGUUUAAGAUGUUUUCUUAAAUAUUAAUUGUUCUAAAGGGAAUACAAAUCCUCUUUAAGGAGUUUCUAAUUGGGAAUUUAAGUAUGCUGGAAAUAGUAGCUUAAAUUAAUCAAAUAUUACUAUGGCUAAUGGAUUAUUAUACUUUGUAGUAUGUGAUUAAUACUCUGUCUUAACAUAUGGAUUAAGUGUUAUCACUAUUUAUACUACAAUUAUUCUUCUUAUUGCUAAAUGCAUUAGAAGUACAUUCUCUUCACAGGUAUUUAUGUUAGAAUUCACAUAAAUGGUAUAACCAGAUGAUCUAUUAUAAUUAUGUUAGGCUGUAUCUACUGCAAGAUAACUAUAAAAUUAUCGAAAGUAUUAAGAUUUAUUUAUUUAUUUAGAGAAAAUUUAUUAUAUUUUGAGUUAAUUGAUAUUAUACGCUCUCCAGAAUUAGUCAAAGCAAUGACAGGUGCUUGGUCAGAAAAGUUUUAUACCUAAUAAAAUGAUAACAAAUAAUUAUAAAAUCAAGAGCAAAUUAAUCAACAAGAACAAAAAUUAAAGAAAGAUUGA